UUAGGUGUAUUCAUCAUGUCCGGGAAGUAGGUUGAAUAGUUUCACCUAUAGUCGUGCUGCAAACAUUUUUAUGUGCUGAUAAUUCAAUCAUUACAAUAGUUGAAUUUAUGUACCCCGUUGGGCAGCCUCCUGGUCCUCCCAGUGCUUCUCCCGCCACUGGCGGAGGAGGCACUGGGCCUGGAGGUCCAGGAGGGCCGGCCCGUGCCCUCGCGCCAUCACUUCCGCCCACAACUCCUCUCGCAACACAGCCGCAAGGACCUGCCAUCACCACUAUUGUGCCUCCCCAUCAGCCCCCAGGUGCAACUCAGGCAGCUUUAGCUGUUGGCGACCAGGCCCAGAGCAAUGUUGGUGCUGCUGCAGCUGCUCUUCUUCCUCCUGAUCUGCCCACUUUUGUGGCUCCUCGGCGCCCAAACUUGGGCAGAGAAGGUCGACUCAUCACACUGCGAGCUAACCACUUCCAAAUCUCCAUGCCUCGAGGCUACGUGCAGCAUUACGACGUCAGUAUCCAGCCUGACAAGUGCCCCCGCAAAGUCAACAGGGAGAUCAUCGAGACUAUGGUCCAGUCUUUCCCCAGGAUCUUCAGCAACCUCAAACCUGUUUUCGACGGCCGCAGCAACCUCUACACUCGUGAUCCACUGCCCAUCAAUGAAAAAAUGGAGCUCGAGGUGACGCUGCCUGGAGACGGGCGGGACCGCGUGUUCAAGGUGGCAAUGAAGUGGCUGGCACAAGUGAACCUUUACACGCUCGAAGAGGCGCUUGAAGGUCGUACUCGUACCAUCCCCUUCGAUGCCAUCCAGGCUCUGGAUGUUGUGAUGAGGCAUCUUCCUUCUAUGACCUACACCCCUGUGGGACGCUCGUUUUUCUCCGCCCCUGAUGGCUACUACCAUCCCCUGGGAGGAGGACGUGAAGUGUGGUUUGGUUUUCAUCAAAGCGUCAGACCAUCCCAGUGGAAAAUGAUGCUCAAUAUUGACGUGUCAGCCACCGCGUUCUACAAGGCUCAGGCUGUUAUUGAGUUCAUGUGUGAAGUGUUGGAUAUAAGGGAGAUUAAUGAACAACGCAAGCCUCUCACCGACUCUCAGAGAGUUAAGUUCACCAAAGAAAUCAAAGGCCUGAAAAUUGAGAUCACUCACUGCGGCACGAUGCGCCGCAAAUAUCGUGUUUGCAACGUGACCCGCCGCCCGGCUCAGAUGCAAUCAUUCCCACUGCAGCUUGAGAAUGGGCAGACUGUGGAAUGCACUGUUGCCAAGUACUUCUUGGACAAAUACAGAAUGAGGCUCCGUUUCCCGCACUUGCCGUGCCUGCAGGUUGGGCAGGAACACAAGCACACCUACCUGCCACUGGAGGUCUGCAAUAUCGUAGCUGGUCAAAGGUGCAUCAAAAAGCUCACGGAUAUGCAGACGAGCACCAUGAUCAAAGCAACUGCUCGUUCAGCGCCUGAUCGUGAAAGAGAGAUCAACAAUCUUGUGAGGAAAGCGGACUUUAACAACGAUCCCUAUAUGAGGGAGUUUGGGCUGACCAUCAGCACCGCCAUGAUGGAGGUGCGCGGACGUGUUUUGCCUCCGCCUCGUCUGCAGUACGGAGGCCGCACGCGGCAGCAGGCGAUGCCGAAUCAAGGCGUGUGGGACAUGCGCGGCAAGCAGUUCUACACGGGCGUGGAGAUUAGGGUGUGGGCUAUCGCUUGCUUUGCUCCUCAGCGCACAGUCAAAGAAGACAAUUUGCGCAACUUCACGACUCAAUUACAGAAGAUCAGCAACGACGCCGGUAUGCCCAUUAUUGGGCAGCCAUGUUUUUGUAAAUACGCCACUGGUCCUGACCAAGUGGAACCCAUGUUCCGCUACCUCAAGAACAAUUUUGCUGGCCUGCAACUAGUGUGUGUGGUACUACCCGGUAAAACGCCUGUUUAUGCAGAAGUGAAGCGCGUUGGUGACACAGUAUUGGGAAUGGCAACUCAGUGCGUGCAAGCAAAAAAUGUUAACAAAACCUCCCCACAAACGCUGUCCAAUUUGUGCUUGAAAAUAAACGUCAAAUUGGGCGGCAUCAACUCUAUUCUCGUCCCUGGCAUUCGACCAAAGGUGUUCAACGAGCCCGUGAUAUUUUUAGGCGCGGAUGUGACGCAUCCUCCAGCAGGAGAUAACAAAAAGCCCUCCAUCGCUGCUGUGGUCGGUAGUAUGGAUGCUCAUCCUUCUCGCUACGCAGCAACUGUCAGGGUACAGCAACAUCGCCAGGUCGGAGGCAUUAGAGAAGGCAAGGAAGAAGUCAUCACUGAAUUCUCGUCCAUGGUGAAGGAGCUGUUGAUUCAGUUCUACAAAUGUACGAGAUUCAAGCCCAACCGCGUAAUUUUGUACCGCGACGGUGUAAGUGAAGGCCAGUUCCAGACGGUGCUGCAGCAUGAGCUCACUGCCAUGAGGGAGGCGUGCAUCAAACUCGAGGCUGACUACAAGCCCGGCAUCACUUACAUUGCUGUACAAAAGCGCCAUCACACGCGGCUUUUCUGCUCCGACAAAAAGGAGCAGAGUGGCAAGUCGGGCAAUAUUCCGGCCGGUACCACCGUGGACGUUGGCAUUACUCACCCCACGGAGUUUGAUUUCUACCUUUGCUCUCACCAGGGCAUCCAGGGUACGAGUCGCCCUUCGCACUACCAUGUUCUGUGGGACGAUAAUCACUUCGACAGUGAUGAGCUCCAAUGCCUCACCUACCAGCUCUGCCACACCUACGUACGUUGCACACGUUCAGUGUCUAUCCCGGCACCUGCUUACUACGCGCAUCUCGUGGCGUUCAGGGCGCGCUACCAUCUCGUGGAAAAGGAACACGACAGCGGCGAAGGCUCUCACCAAAGUGGCAACAGCGAAGACCGCACCCCUACUGCCAUGGCUAGAGCCGUCACAGUACACAAUGAUACCAACAAAGUUAUGUACUUCGCCUAAUCUGAGCAUGGCUGGCUCGUUUUGUGACCACAUGCGCAACUUUUACAGCAAUAGAAACAAAUCCCAGCGAUGCAGUGUUAGCCCUACCAUUGUACUAGACUUGUGCUCUACCUGCAGUGCUGAAAUUUGGUUUAGGGCACUGAGCUCGGUGUUUCUCCCUUUCAGCUGUUAAUUGAUGCAGCUAACAAGUUUCUCCCCCUGUCUUACUGUGGCUGAGUCCAGAAAAUAUCAGCAUUGAAGGCGGCUUAUAAGCAAACUGUUGCUUGUGAGUGCGGUAUGACGAAGAGAAGUUUCGAGUGUUUAUCAGUUGGCCUCAGUACAAUACAAAAUAAACCUAUUUUAAGAACGGAGCUCGAUUUUAGCAAUUUCUUUGACCAUUAGUACAAUACCCAAGGAAUUCUAUUAUUAUGGAAAUAAUCUAAUUGAAAGCCCUUGUUUAUUUGUGUGAUUUUAACAUCCGAUGUAAUACCUUGCCUGAAAUCUCUGAACUAGUUACAGUAUUUCUUCGUCUACGUUAUAUCUUUUUAACAUUGUUUUAAAGUGUCAUUUUUAAGACACCGUCGAGGUAUCCUUGCCUUGCUAGAUCAACCAUGGGAUAGUUUUAAGAUUACAUUGAUGGCGUUUUUCUUUUUCGUGCUAGCGAUUUAAUUUGAGUGGAUUAGGUACGUGCGCGUGAUUGGUGCUUAUUUUAAUGCAGCUCAGCUCCUUAAACAGCAUUUUCUAACGACCCCCAAUAUUACUAAUGCAUAUACUCCCCUACGAGUGUGCCAACGCAGUCUCUUGCUGCUCAUGGAAAUGCAGGAGUCAUGGAGAUGCGCGGCUGUGUUCACUGGCCGUAACCUUUGCUUCAUUAUUUAAUUAUUAGAAUUGACUCGUCUUCACUGUCUUUUCGGCAUCUCAAAACAUAGAAUUUAUUCUCUAAAUAAAAUUCGCCACCAUUUGUUUGCAGGAACAUUCCACUUUCACUGAGAGUGGUAUGAAUAUUUUUUGAGGUACUCUCGUCUUUCAAUUCUUGUGUACGCGCUUAUUACUCUGGUUUUAUUGUUGGUUAGAAAAUCAACUCCAGUUAUUACUAUUGCCCAAAAUUUAGGAUGCUGGAAUAGGUUCGAAGAUAGGUAGGUGAAUACUAUUGUGCAUUAUUAUUUGCCAGAUACCUUAUUACGUCGCAAAAAUUGUUAAAUGCUGCUUUACAUCGCUCUUGAAGAGCUCACCUCGUGUUCGUACCUGACUCAAGUUCCCGACGCUGUAUUCUUUGUACAGCGUCAAGUUGCUUCUCUGAGACACACGGCUUGUGUAUCGCUUGUGACAUUUCUUCCCUACGAUAUUGCCGAGAGUUGUACUCUUUGUAACUGGCUGGAUGUUCAGUCUCCCUGUAGGGAGAGAAUGCUGUGCUGUGGUGGCAAAGUGCGGCGUGGGGGCACAGGUGGCGGUGGCGACAAUCUUUACUGUGCAUUACUCGCCACUGCUCCCUAGCAGUGCGCCAGCGUCUGUGCUGCGCUACUGCCUUUCUUGUUUGAGAUUUUUUGCUUGCAGGACUCGGCAGUUCGUAACACUACUUCUCCAUCGAACGUCGCAGGUUAGCUGAAAGCUAUUGGACCAUUCUUUGUUCAAUGUACUAUAAAUUAGCCGUGAUCAGUUUUUACACUGAAACUUCUUUAAAUUGGUGCGUUAUUUCGUUCUCGUUAGAGAUUAUCUCCGUGCAGCUUUACGCCCCCCAAACUUCACGCAAGCGAUGAUUAUACUGAUGUAUUAUUUAGCUAUAUGCGCGAGCGGCUUCCUCCUGUUUCUUGAUAGGAGGAAGCAUUUCCUCCAUAUUUACCGUCUAUUUUCAGGAAAUUUUUGCUGCAAAAUCUGAGCAUAAUGACUACGGUCAAAUUGUCCUAGUGCCAUGAGCCAUAAAUGUCGGCUUUACUCGAUAUGAGCUUUACUUUUGACCCUGAUACCUGUUUGCGAUCAAUAUUUGUGUAUAUUUUGACCUUUUUUACUCGAUGAUUACGCGUGUCGCGCGAGAUUUCGAUUUUAUUAGUGUCAGUUUAAGCAAAAGUGUGUAGGAAUAUGAAGUUUGUGUGUUAUUAUUUUGUUGUUAAACGUGGUUUAACCUAACACGUAACCUAGCGCUGCCUUACUGGAGCGCUUCCUUGCAUUAUGGCAGUCGGCAUUGUUUUCUAAUCAGGUGUUUUAGUUGGGUGCAUACCUGAAUUGAUGUAUUAUCGCCAGUAGUGCAGUGAUAUCACUAUUGUUUUCUGGAGUGGUUGCUUUAUAAAUUAGUUGCAGAAUAUUUUGAUCAGGGUCAUUUACUUCGGUAUUUUCAUCCAUUAAUUUUAAUGUGAGGUCUAAAACUGGUCCCAUUUCUCUGAAAUUGCUGACAGUUUUCCAUUUAAGUUAUUGCCAUCCGAUAGGAACGUUAUUAUUCUUUUUGAAACGGCACGCUUCUCUUUGUACAUCGACAGAAAUGUAUCGGGGACAAUUAAUUCGGUGGGAGUGUUUGGAAUUGUGCGAUGUAUCAGUAUUUGUGUUGCAUAGAAUUUUUCCAUUAUGGUUGAAAAAUUUUUACUUUCCUAAUUGAAGCUUAAUUUUUCACAGCAAAAGCGAUGUAGGUUGCAUGGCUACUCUGAGCUUUCUCUCGUUUCAUAAUUUGAUUUUGGUGGCUAAUCCAAUGCAGUUAAUUGUUAAGUGCUGGUGCCUAAUUUCCAUUCAUUUCCUGUACGCUCUAGGUUGCACCUUUGAAUCUAUUUGGUUACUUUAAUGCUUCAGAUUCUUCAGCAGUCCAGUAAGUCCCGAAUUGGAAUGAUUAGUUCUUGAUGUUGGGUUAAAAUAGAAUAACCAUUUCCUUGCUACUAUGAUAAGUGAACCUAAGUUUGACGACUCCAAUUGAAUAAAUUUGUUUUCAAUUC